AUGGAAACACUGGACAGACAGCGCAUCCGGAAGGCUGAGAAGGCGGAGGAUGACCUGGAAAAGAAAAUAAGGCAAGGCAAAAAUGUACUCAAAAAAAGGGACGCAAAUGCCAAAGUAGGAAGAGAAGAAGUCUGGAGACCUGCUAUUGGAAAAGAGAGUCUACACCAAGAAUCAAACGACAAUGGAACCAGACUGGCAAGUUUUGCAAUUGCAAAUGAAUAUAAAAUAGUUAGCACGAUGUUCCCAAGAAAAGAUAUACACAAAUAUACAUGGACAUCACCUGGUGGAACAACAAAAAACCAAAUUGACCACGUGAUCACAGACCAAAGGCACAAAAGUAGUAUAACUGAUGUUCGAAGCAUUAGGGGAGCGGAAUGUGGAAUUGACCACUCAUUAGUUUUAGUCAAAGUGUGUCAGCGAAUAGCAAUCCAGAGUAGAAAGGAGGUAAGGCAAAAAAGAAGAAUAGAAGUGCGUAGACUUGAGCUUAAGAAUAUUGCUGAUGAAUUCAAACUGAAACUGGAGAAUAGAUUUAAGGCCCUGGAAGACAUGGAGAACAAUGAAACUGUAGAUGCCAAAUGGUCUAAUUUUAAGGAAGUAGUUCUGAACACAGCAGAAGAGGUAUGUGGUAGUAGGAAGAAGAGAUACAAAAAACCAUGGUUUGAUCAGGAAUGCGAGCAAGCUCUGAAAGACCGAGUUAAAAGGAAAAUAACGUGGAUGAAUAGUAACAGAGUAGAGGAUAGAGAAAGCUAUAAUGAAGCAAAUAGGGAGGCAAACAAGUUGCAGAGGCGGAUAAAAAGACUGUAUCUGCAUAUAUUGCUUGACAAGGCUAAGGAAGAUAACACAGCAAAUAACGCAAAGGACUUCUACAGGAAAAUAAGAUUCUUCAAAAGAGGUUUUACCCCAUACCCAUAUGGGGUAAAAACAGAAAUGGAGAAACCACCAACCAUAGAAGAAGUAAAGGAUGCAGUCAAAGCGCUAAAGACCAACAAAGCUCCUGGGAAGGAUGAAAUAACAGCAGAAUUCUUGAAGAAAGGAGGAGAAAUAGUAGUGGAAAAUCUAUGGAAACUAAUACUUCGUAUUUGGGAGAAAGAAGAAAUGCCAGCUGAAUGGCAAGAAGCAAUAAUAAUACCUAUACACAAGAAGGGUGAAAAAGAAGAGUGUGAAGGCUGCACCAGGCUUGUAACUUGGUACAUUGGCUCCUCUCAGUCCAAUCAAGAACCAAAGGCCAACCAGGCAAAGAGCAAAGAUCACUAA